AUGGUUGAUGUCGUGGAAGAGGCGGUAGCUGAGGUGGUGGUUGUUGAAGAAGAGGAAGAUGUGCUUGUCGAAGAAGACGUCGAUUGCGAGGAGCUGGUAGUGCUGCUUGAGGAGCGCGUCGAGCUCGGUCCGUUUGUUAUUUGCGGAUUAGCUGUUGUUGUUGAUGAGAUCCCUGAGGUGCUGGUAGACGUAGUUUCUGAUGCCGUAGUCGAGGUUGAUGAAGAAGAAGUUGAGGUUGAUGUCGAACUAGACGACGAGCUGGACGUAGUAGUAGCAGACACCGAUGCCGGGGUCGGAGUGGAGCUGGAAGAUGUUGUGCUCGCGGUGGUGCUUGUCUCGGUAAUGGUUGAGUUGGGAGUCGACGUUGAUAUUGAUGAGGAGCUCAAGCUCUCCGAAGAGCUUUGUGACUGA